AUGCACCCACGCACAAGUAUUGACAGCGACUUCGCCCUCGCCAGUUCUGACAUACGUCCAACGACAAACCAGUUCAUCGUGUGGCAUGUGGCAACACCAGCCCUGCCGAGUCGAAAGGGUGCGCGGAGGAAACCAACCGAUAUGAAUCAAGCCUCAUUCUCCGAAGCGGUGGCACAUGGCGAUCUCGAGCCAACCGUAUCUGAUCACGCAACAGAUACAUUGCCACCCGGUCCGUUGAGCCCGGGUGACACGGGGAACAUGCGAGCCAAUACCGACGAUCCCCGCGCCAUUGCAGGAGGGCGGUUAGGUUCAAAGGCACGGUUCCUUAAUACCGGAGUCUCAGUCGCCGUGGGCGAAGCCGGGAGCGGCAGUGACAAUGGCGGCGGUAGCAUCGAGCCCGGUCAGCGGCCCAGCUUUCAUAUCAAUAUCCCAUGGCCGCUGGUCUGUCUUCCGUUUCCGGUUGCGCUGGCACACCGUGAAUGCUCAGAACUGAGCUGA